UAGCGGCACGGCGGCAGUUCCGUAUUCGGGGAUAGUGGUAGCAGUUGAUAGCUGCUGACGAUAACUGUCAGUAUUAAGGUAUAAGAAAGCGCAAAAUCUGCUUCUCUAAACGCAGACUACAAUGACGGAUAAACCGUGUAAGGUGUGCAAUUUCACACGACAACAAACGCAUGGGCUAGUAGCUCUUUCCAUAGAUGAGCUUAAGAAAAAAGGUCAACAGUGUCUUGGGUUCAACUCCAGUGACUCAGUCACAGUGGUCCUAGAGAAUGAUGGGACAGUAGUAGAAGACCAGGCUUACUUUUUGUGUUUACCCUCAAACACAAAAUUCAUGCUAUUGAAUGACAAAGAGAGGUGGUCUCCACCUUGCAGGAUUGAUGGUGGCACAGCUUGGAUGGCUAGGGAUUCUGUGAUGCUGGAGACUGAUACUGUGGACAGCUCCAGUACUGUAGCACCUUGGUAUGAACUGGCUCAGCAGCUGAAGCAGGACCUGACUACCAUUAUUCUCAUGUCUGAGGCGGACCUACAGACCUUAGUGGAUGCCCCGUGCCCUGAACUAGCCUCUGCUUUGGGCUUCCAAGAGAAAAAGGCCCAAGAGCUCCAGGAGACGCUGCAGAGGGUUUUGGAUCGAAGAGAGCAGGAGCGGCAAUCCAAGGAAUUGCUCCAGCUUUACCUGAAAACUGUGGAGCUGGAGAACAGACAACAGGAAGAAACAAGUCCGCCUUCUCAGGGAGGUGCCGGGGAUGUGGAUGUGCCAGAUGGAAUGGAGGUGGAUUCUGCUUCUGGAUUUAUGUCCAGGACUUUGAUGGUCCUGAAAGGCAAAACAUCGCCAGAGACCAGGCUUUCCACUGAGGAUCUGCAGAUGGUAGUGGCCAGAGGGAUGGAAGCUAUGGAGCAGGUGCUGGGCUGGGACAGAGCGAGGACGUCCACGCUGCUGCAGGCCUGCGAAGCUGAGCUGACCGCACGUCUCCGGCAGAUUCAGGCAGUGCAAUCCAUCAGGAGCAACACACAGCUGCGCGGCAGCCAGCAGUCCAGCGAGAAGAGGAAGGAGGAGGGCGUCGAAAAGCAAGCCCAAGGCGGCAACUAGGCCGAGACUCUACCUGAGCACAGACUGAUAAGAAUUCACACUACCAGCCUCGGGGCCAGCAGAGUAGGAUUUUUGCCCUGCGUUACUGAUAAUAACAAAACUGCUGGAAUACAUGAAUCCCAAGUGUUGACACUUUGUAAGAUUUCAAAACCACUUGAAUGCUUUUGCCUCAAGAGGAAGCUGGAUGAUUUACACAAGUCAUGUUUAUCAAAGACAUUAACCACUUGGGUCUAUUUUUUUUUUUAACUGGCUUCUUAUUUUGUGUUUCAUGCUGUGAGAAUAACUACAGAUAAACAAAUCGAAACUUAAAGCUAUAACUCAGUAUUUGGGGAGAUUCUCUUACUUCCGGCAACCUCACUAGUUGACAGAAAAGUUGCUGCGCCUCUAGGCCAAAGUCCAAGGUUCACUGUUGUGUAUUUAAAUAAAAUGGGUCUUCUCAUCUAACUCACAUUUAUUUGCUUUAUCACAGUGAGAAAGUUUAAAAAAAAAAAAGAAAGAAAGUGUUUUUUUCCUCCAAAAAUGAAGAACUGUUGUUUUAAGGCUGCCUGUUACAUUUAUAGUCAUCAUUACACUUUUUUCUUUUUUUUAAAUUUUGCCUUCUGCUGCCCCUUAAUUAUUGCUAUGAUUGAAGGGAUGCACCGCAUUUGAGAUUUUAGAUCUUCAGUUUCAUAUUUUUUAGCUAUUUUUGGAAACUGCAUUAAAAGUCAAGGAAUUUUUUAAUGAGUGUGCUGAAAAAUCUUGAAAUAUUUGUCAAAACUGUGCAUCCUAAUGUGAAAUUUCACUGUGUGAUUUUUUUAUGGAAUCAGAAAGAGGAGAAGAAAUACCUCAUAAAUAAUGGUAAGUGCAGAAACGGGAAUAAAUACAAAAGGGGGGCCAAAAUUGGCCAGAUAUGUUUGAAUUGGUUACACAGACACGUUCAUUGCUUUAAUAAUAAAAAGUUAGAUACAUGUUUAUUCAUAUGACCCCUGUGUGUGUGAGACAUUGUAGCUUAUUAUGCAUGAGUCUGCUGGCAGUGUGAUGUAAGAGGGUGUGGACAGCGUGUGCAGUGUCCAUGUGACUCAUGGGGAUGUAUCUUUUCUCAUGCCUGUCAUCUGUGUCCUGAACAAUGAGCACAAAUGAAGGAUCUGAAUUUACAGAAAGACCUCUUCUUUUUCGUGUUGUGGGGAAAUUACAAUGUCACUGCCAGCUUGUACUUUCAUAUUAGAUGCCCUUUAAGUGCAGCAUUUGUAAGCAGCUUAUAAUUACUCAGUAUUGUGUCCAUGUAUGCCCAAAAAAAUAAAAAGUUGUGCCUCAGCUCAUCAGCAAGAAAAAC